UCCGCCCGCCGGGGUGGGGCCAGCGCAACGGCCGAGCCUGCGCAGUUGGGCCUGGCUGGCUCCAGGGCGCCGGCGCACUACAAGUCCCAGAAGGCAUCGCUCCGCGGGGCCGGCGGCCCUUACCUGCCGGGAGCUUAUUCCUUUGGCUUCCACCGCUCUCCCCCUCCCGUGUCCUUUCCACUGUUAAAAGCUACUUUCUCUUGAAGCACAUGAGAAGCCUCAGCAACCUUAACGGUGAAGCUCUUCGCGUACUCGCUCUUUCUGCUUUUGCCCGAACUAUGCCUGACUCCCUUACUGGAGUGGGAAAGUGGAGGCGAAAGGAGGAAGUCUUUGCAGGCCUAGGCUGGGGCGACCUGGUCGCAUUUCCGCCUCCCGGGCUCCGGAAGGUAGCGCGCACGCGCUUGCUGCGACUCCGGCGCGGUUGACUUCCGCUCCCACUGUGCUCUGCGAGCCGAAUCAUGGAUCACACUGACAAUGAGUUACAAGGCACUAAUAGUUCUGGAUCCUUGGGUGGUCUUGAUGUUCGCAGACGAAUUCCUAUAAAGCUCAUCUCCAAACAAGCUAACAAAGCCAAACCUGCACCUCGAACUCAAAGGACUAUAAACAGGAUGCCUGCAAAGGCUCCACCUGGUGAUGAAGAAGGAUUUGAUUAUAAUGAAGAAGAACGGUAUGACUGUAAAGGGGGCGAACUGUUUGGAAAUCAGCGAAGAUUUCCUGGACACCUUUUUUGGGACUUUCAGAUUAACAUCUUAGGUGAAAAAGAUGAUACCCCAGUUCACUUCUGUGACAAAUGUGGAUUGCCUAUUAAAAUCUAUGGGCGAAUGAUUCCAUGCAAGCAUGUUUUUUGCUAUGAUUGUGCUAUUUUACAUGAAAAAAAAGGAGAUAAAAUGUGUCCAGGCUGUAGUGAUCCUGUGCAGCGAAUUGAGCAGUGUACACGAGGUUCUCUCUUCAUGUGUAGCAUUGUUCAAGGGUGCAAGAGAACAUAUUUGUCUCAGAGAGACUUACAGGCUCAUAUCAACCAUCGCCAUAUGAGAGCUGAAAAACCUGUUACCUGUGCUUCGCUUGAAAAUGUUCAUCCUCCUAUUGCCCCACCACCAACUGAAAUCCCUGAUCGUUUUAUAAUGCCACCAGACAAGCAUCAUAUGAGCCAUAUUCCGCCAAAGCAGCACAUCAUGAUGCCACCACCUCCUUUGCAACAUGUGCCACAUGAGCACUAUAAUCAGCCACAUGAGGAUAUUCGUGCUCCUCCAGCAGAAUUGUCUAUGGCUCCACCUCCACCUCGUUCGGUCAGUCAGGAAACCUUUCGUAUUUCAACAAGAAAACACAGCAAUUUAAUAACUGUCCCUAUUCAGGAUGACUCAAAUUCAGGUGCUAGAGAACCACCACCUCCUGCCCCAGCACCUGCUCACCAUCAUCCUGAAUAUCAGGGCCAACCAGUGGUAUCGCACCCUCAUCAUAUUAUGCCUCCACAGCAACAUUAUGCACCACCCCCACCUCCUCCACCACCAAUAAGCCAUCCAAUGCCACAUCCUCCCCAGGCUGCAGGUACUCCUCACUUGGUAUAUAGCCAAGCUCCACCUCCACCAAUGACCUCUGCUCCACCACCAAUAACCCCUCCCCCUGGACAUAUUAUUGCCCAGAUGCCACCUUAUAUGAAUCAUCCUCCUCCAGGACCUCCCCCACCUCAACAUGGUGGUCCACCUGUAACUGCACCCCCUCCUCACCAUUAUAAUCCUAACUCUUUACCCCAGUUCACUGAAGAUCAAGGAACUCUGAGCCCUCCAUUUACACAACCAGGGGGAAUGAGUCCUGGUAUAUGGCCCGUACCAAGAGGGCCACCUCCUCCUCCACGAAUGCAGGGUCCGCCUUCUCAAACCCCACUUCCUGGACCACAUCAUCCAGAUCAGACAAGAUAUAGACCGUAUUACCAAUGAUAAUAGUGUUUUGAACUGAAGAUAUGAUGAGGAAAAAAAACUUAUGUAUAGUCAAUCUUUUAAUUAAGCUUUGACUUUUGGGAAGGAAAAGUACCUCUUACUGAGGUGGCUAUAAAACACAUAGGGUCUUGUCUCUUAAAAUGCUUUUAAAUCUUGACUUUAGGAUUGAUUUCAAGUACUAUACUAUAGUGCAGAUUAAGUGGCUCAGUUGAGCACAGCUAUAUUUUAACACCUUUGUUCCCCUAGUGUGGUAAAUUGACCCAGAGGUGACCAUUUGUAAAAAAUUUGAAAAAAAUUUUCAUUGUUCCACUUUCAAAAGUAUUGCUUUUGUUAAACCCAAUGUUUAGUUUUUCUUGUGAUACAUUUUGUUAACCUGUGUAAAAGGAUUAAAUUUCAAUAUGGUUGUAAAAAUGCUAUUUUUAUGUGAAUUUAAGUGCAGCCACAUACUGUUUUUUAAAACCAUAUGUUUUACCACUAAUUUCCCAAAGUUACAAUAAAAUCCUAAAAGUAAAAAUCUACUAGAAUUUGCUAUAAGGCAGACUGUUAAAUGAUAGAGAACUAUUUCACAUUUUAGGCACUGAAAUUUUGAGGUCUAGUAAGUAUCUAAUGCACUUCACUUGGAUGCCUUUUCAUUUUUAGGCAGCCUCAGGAGCACCAAAAUAUAUUGGAUUCUAGUACUGAGAUAUGUUUGUAAUAUUAAAAGGCAUUACUAAUUAUUUGGAAAGAUACGGCCAAAGUAAUCAAUUCUACAGGCUUCAAGCUGGUGGAGGAUGCUGUUACUCAUUAAUGCUUUUUUACUGAAUGGUUGGAAUCACAUGAUGCACCAUACAUAUUAAGCUUAAGUAACAUUAUUUUGUAGAACUGUUUAAAUGGUGUUAUUUAGAUGAAAUGUGUUCUGUUCAUUGUCUUAAACUAAAUAUUUAGGGCUGAAUAGGCUUUAUGUAAUUCCUCAUUUCAUGGUAGAAUUUGAUCCUGUGUUUAAGUGGCUCUUGUUUAUUGAAUUUUAAACUACAGUUUGAUGCCAUGGAGGAAUUUGAAUAAUGUAUUAAUGAAGGACAUAUUCUGUAAUCACAAACUUCCAUUUACUCAGGUUUCAUUGCUGUGUGAUGAGAUUUUUCCUCUAACUUGAAAUUUAAAAGCUAUUAUUUCCUAUUCCUUUUGUUGGUAAAAUAAUCUGAACUUGGAACAUUUUAGUAGAGAGACAACGGCAAAGACUACCAGAUAAUUUUGUAUUGGACAAGAGAAAAGCAAUGGCUAAAUUCUGAAUUUCAGUGCUUUAUACGGUGCCUUUCGAGUCAGCUUUUGCAUUAUAGGGGCUUGUUACAGUCCAACUAAGAUGACCACUUACAAUUUAUACAGAACUCAUGUAUAAAUCAACCUUCUUAGGAUAUUAUUCUAUAUCCUUUGAAUUAAUCCCUGUGAAGUUUUUCCUCCCCCCUAAAAUGGUGCAUAAUAUAAACAUGAAAUGUGUAGUAUGCAGAUAUCAUUUAUUAGAUAGAUUGUAGUGUAUAAAUUUAGAACAUCUUUUUGACAAAGGGUGAACUGAUUGCUAAUUAACCAUUUUAUUCUGUCAGGUACAGGCAAAACAAAUUCCCAUCUUGGAUGAUCAGAUGCAAAUCAUUUCUGAACUUAGAGCAGAAGUUAGAAAUAAUAUAAAUGGCCAUUUCAACCUUGACUGGCCGAAAAUAACUAAUAUACUUUUUUCUUUUAAGCAAGUGACUUUUUUUACACUUAUUUUGAAAAAGUUCCGUGUUAAUGCAAUUUUUCUAGUGAGAAAUGCUUGUUAUUAAAAGCAUGGGAGUGAAAUAGUGUGAAAUGUUGGUGGUGAGUGCAUCUAUCAUAUUACUGUAGGUACUUGGACUGGUACAAACUUGAUUCCUUUUCAAGCCCCUGUUUAGGAGCUUUUAAAAUAUUACUGAUAAAAAUCCAAGCCAUUGUUUCAUGUAAUAAGAAAAUAACCAAAUUCACUUUCAAGCUUCUCAACUAUUUAUGAAGAGCUCUCAUGCUUUUACUGAAAUUCACUAGAGUUGAAUGUGGUAAGAAACCACUUAGCCUAUGUAUUGGACAAAAAAAGUCAGUAUCAUGAUAAACUUUCAUGUUAGGAGAAAUCUUUUAGGCUUUUAAAAAAUGAUUUAUUUUCAGUUAGAUGUAAGAAAUAUUUGUUAUGCAGGGAGGCAGAUCAGAUGAAUGUCUUGUAGCAGACAAUUUUAAAAUGGUGUUAGACUUGAAUUCAUCAGUUAUAAUUGUUUGAAUGAGGGUGGGUGGGGAGAAGGAUAACAAAAUUACUGUUAGUGUUUCUUUCCUUAAGGAAAAAGAUGUGAAUCCCAGCCUUAUUUCAGGGAAGCCUUUGAAGCUAUGAUGGACAUAAGUCUAAAUUAAAUGUAUGUAUGUUUCAUUAUAUUGCUCUUAAGACUACUGAGGUGGCAGUUUAAUUCUUAAAAACAAUAAAAUGGAAGCAUAAAUACUAUUUUGCCUAGAUGAAUUUUUACCUAAUGAUGACACUGUGAGAAUGCAGAAUUUUCCAUAUUUGAGUUAAUACCACAUUCUAUAGUAAAAUACAUUCACUUUUUUUAAAGAUUAAGACCAGCAAAUUGAAUUGUUAUAUUUCUUCAGUAGCAUGUUUGUUUAGAGUGUAAUGUGGUAUUUGGGGAAAGAUCCAUUGCAAAGACCGUAAGAAACUAUAUCCAUUUUGCCCUGUAAAAACCACUUGCUCAAAAUUACUGUAUAAUGCUAAUGAGAUACCUCUGAAAUGUAAAUGAAAAAGAUACUUGAACAUUUUUUAAGCUCGUAAUAAGUGGCUAUUUACUGUAUGACUGCUUUAGGCUUUGUUCUGACUAAUAUAUUGGAAGAGUAUUUUUCAUAAAUUUUGUGGAAAAGCUCCAUGGUUCCACCUUUCAUAAAUUUUUUGAAAAUGCCCUAUUAGUACAUGAAAACAAUGCAUGAGUACCCAAAAGACAUUUCUCUAUUAGGUUAGUCAUCAAACUAAUACACUGAUGCUAAAUGAAGUUUGACAUAACCCACUCGUAUUGUAAACAUACUAUAUUCUGAUUGAAGUGGAUUUAUUUAUCUUCACUGGUUUGUAACUAAUUUGUUCAAUUAUGGCCUAGAAACCAAGUUUACUUAUUCAAUAUAUGCACAACGUAAUAAAGCAGUAUUGGUUAUACUAGGCUUCAGGUGAAGGAGUAAGCCAGGUAAAAUACUUCGUAGUGAUGCUAAUAAAAACGGACUUGGAAGUUUGAA